AACGAAACUGCAAAUCAUCCAAGGACAUGCAUCGUCUGCCACGAGGAGUGCCGCUCCGCGGUGGGGGUUUGCGAUGUCGGCUCCGACGAUACUUCAGUAACGACAAGAAAGGCGGUCAUGCUUCAGGUCACCUUCCUCCCCCGCCACCAAUUCAUGUCCCUCCCGCUCAUACCACCGUGCCAGCGGACAUUGUGGCCGCAUCGCAAAACCAGUUCCAGCAGUUCCAGCAGCUGUACCUCAGGAUGCAAGACAAACCAUGGAACAUGUGGGGGUUGGGUCUUCUCGGCGUCGGAGUGCUCGGGGUCAUCGCAUUUGGUCCCGAAAUGCGGAGUAAGAUGACGAAAACGACCGCCGAAGUUGCAACAGAGACGCUUCAAAACGAGUCGCUUCAGAUUCAAACCCAAGAAUUGGCAUCGCAGAUCGUGCAAACGGUGCUGAAUGACCCCAAAGUCCUCGAUCAAGCAUCCCAGUUCCUCCAAAAGCUCAUGGCGAUGGACGCCACACGUGGCGCGAUGGUGCAGUUGACGAGCAAUGUACUCAACGACCCUCAAACUCUGGCCCAUGUUACCAAACUGUCCAAGCAAAUUCUCUUCAAUCUGUUCCAGGACCCCGCGACGUUGCGCCAAUUCGUCGACUUGAUCAAAGCUGCCAUAGUGGACCCACACACGCGUCAAAAUGUGAUUCUCCUGCUCGACCAGCUCAUGAAGGACGAACCGACUCGGGCGCGACUCACGGCGCUCCUGGCGUGGACGUUUGUUCAGCCACCCGUGCAACAUAGCGUGUCGGCCACCAUGACGAGCUCUGUCCACAACGUGAUGAGCAACAAGGAUGUCCAAGACCAUGCCAAGGAGUUUAUCGGUGGAGUUGUGCGCGACGAGACUGUCCAGACCCAGAGUGGCGAAGCUCUUUGGAAGACUCUUAUGUAUGUGCUGACCCCAACGUGGGUAUCGUGGUUUUGGAGAACGCCAGCCCAGGUGGAGACGGCCCCAGUCUCUGAUGGAACAUCCCUCACGACGAUUUCCCCAGCCUCGGCCACAACGGCAGAGCCACUGUCUCCUUCUGUCGGGGCUGAAUAGAGCGACGACACUUGCAGUGUGUGGCUCCAUCGCGCAGAUGUCUUUCUGGUCAUUGGGUUGACUUCCAUCGAGAAAGGAAAUAGUGACAACAAGGAAUUAGAUCCAAAACCCAACGACUUCGCCGCAUAUGCACGUAGUCGAGAUCUAGUCAGGGAAUACAUGGGCUGCAUGCAAAUAUAAUCAAUCGGUCGC